AGCCCGAAUCAGCCAAUCCGAGCUGUGGCAGCUCGCACGUGACCCAGAGUGAGUUGGUGCUGUGGCUGGAAGGGAACACAUCGACAUUUACCCAUAAAACAAUUGCAGUUUUCAGAGAGUGGAAGUCCCUCACUGAGCGAUGGCCUCACCCAUCUCUGAGUACCACUCCAGUGCUUUGGACUCUCACAUCUCUAGUACUGGAAGAAAUUCCCUUAAGAUGGAAUUAUUGGCUGAUGUCUCUCUGUUUCCAGGAGAAGAUCGAAUUACAGAUCAAGAGAUCAUUUACAUGUGUCCAUUCAGUGGAGCUGUGAAAGGGAAAGUGUUGAUCACCAACUACAGACUCUACUUCAAGAGCUCAGAUGCUGAAGUACCAGUGGUACUGGAUGUUCCUCUGGGUGUCAUAAGUCGAGUUGAGAAGAUGGGUGGCGCUUCGAGCCGAGGAGAAAACUCAUAUGGAUUGGAUAUCACCUGCAAGGACAUGAGGAAUUUGAGGUUCGCCCUGAAGCAGGAGGGCCAUAGCAGACGAGGAAUCUUUGAUAUGCUCUUCAGAUAUGCCUUCCCUCUUUCACAUGGUUUGGCUCUGUUUGCCUAUCUGAACCAGGAGAAGUUUGCUGAGAAUGGCUGGAACGUCUACAAAGCUAUGGAGGAGUUUAGACGUCAGGGCUUACCAAAUAACAAGUGGCGUUUAACAUUCAUCAAUAAGCGGUAUGAACUGUGUGACACAUACCCAAAUCUCCUUGCAGUCCCUUUCAAAUGUACAGAAGAAGACCUUAGAAAAGUGGCUGCUUUCCGGUCGAGAGGGCGCAUACCGGUUCUGUCAUGGAUCCACCGGGAAAAUCAAGCAGUGAUUGUUCGCUGCAGUCAACCGCUUGUUGGAAUGUCUGGUAAAAGAAAUAAAGAUGAUGAGCGAUAUCUGGACCUGAUCAGAGAGGCAAAUGACACCACAAAAAAGCUCACUAUUUAUGAUGCUCGGCCGAACGUCAACGCAGUUGCCAACAAGGCCACUGGAGGGGGCUAUGAAGGGGAUGAAUACGUAAAUGCUGAGCUUGUCUUUCUGGACAUUCAGAAUAUUCAUGUCAUGAGGGAGUCCCUUAAGAAACUCAAAGAUAUUGUCUACCCAAAUGUGGAGGAAUCUCACUGGCUGUCCAGUCUAGAGUCUACACACUGGUUAGAACACAUCAAGCUGGUGUUGUCAGGGGCCAUCCAAGUGGCAGACAAGGUUUCCAGUGGGAAUUCAGUUCUGGUACAUUGUAGUGAUGGCUGGGAUCGGACUGCACAACUUACCUCACUGGCCAUGCUGAUGCUAGACAGCCACUAUCGCACUCUAAGGGGAUUCCAGGUCCUGAUUGAAAAGGAAUGGAUCAGCUUUGGUCACAAAUUUGCAUCAAGGAUAGGUCACGGUGACAAAAACCAUGCAGACCAGGACAGAUCACCAAUAUUUGUUCAGUUCAUUGACUGUGUGUGGCAGAUGACCAAACAGUUUCCUACAGCCUUUGAGUUCAAUGAGCACCUCCUGCUCUCGAUCUUGGAUCAUCUCUACAACUGUCGCUUUGGGACGUUCCUCUACAACUGUGAGAAUGCACGAGACCAACAUGACCUGAGAUCCAAGACCACGUCUCUGUGGUCUCUGGUCAACAGUAAGAUGGAUCUUUAUUUGAACCCCUUCUACACCCCAGAGUCUGGACAGGUUCUCUACCCCGUGGCAAGCAUGCGCCACCUAGAGUUGUGGGUAAACUACUACAUCCGCUGGAACCCACGUAUAAGACACCAGCAGCAGAGUCCAGUCGAGCAGCGGUACAAGGAGCUUUUGGCCCUCAGAGAAGAAUACUUGAAGAAACUGGAGCAGCUUCAGUUGUCCGACUCCUCUUCUUCCUAUCAGCUUACUAACAGCACCACCCCAAACACCACCUCAUCCACAGCCUCCACACCUUCACAGCAAUACACACACCUACAGACUCCACUCUGAAGGACAUUGUUCACAGACAAAAAGCAGAACUUCUUUUCUAAUUGCACUAUUCAUGUCCUCUUUCAUCGAUGCUCCUCUCUGACUUUCUGUUUUUUUCUAAAUCUCACACACACACACACACUGCACAGUGUCUCAGUUUGUUUUUAAAACAGCCCACCUUUGAAUAACGAAGAAUGCUAAUUAUUUUCAUUUGCACCUAAUAGAAAAGUAGUCAAAUGUUUGAUUUAUGAAAUGUAUCCUAUUAGACUUUUAACAGAAUAUUUUAAAUACACAUUAUACACACGUUACACAGCAAAGCUUUGAAGAAUUUCAAUGUUUGCGGUCUAAGGGCUUGAGAGGACAGGACACACACACACACACACACACACACAGCCUCUGCAGGUCUAAAAUGUCUUAUUUAUCCCAAACCAUCAUUUAUUUUAACAUAACUUAGUUCAUCAGAAGCUUUUAACUACUUGGUUAUGAAUAAUAUAUUAACUGAUAGAGACUAUGAUUAUAUGAGGGAAAUGAUAAGAGACAGUUUAGGGAAACUGUUAUUUGGUAUGUUGAGUGUCCUCAGACCAGCUAACAACAAAGACAACUCGGUGUUGUGAAGGUUCAGCACAUUUUCCUGUUGGUACAGGUCUUGGUAUUUUGGGCUCUCUGAGGUACCACUCCCACUUCUACACUUUCUUUUUAAUCGCCCCAGCUGCUAGUUUGUUGGCAAGUCACAGUAAUCCUAAACAGGUGAUGCAAUUUAGCUAGUUCUUCCUCACCACCAGAGCUAUACAGGAAGUUCAUCCUACACAUGUAUUCCUACACUGUUUGUAUUUUCCUACAGACUUUUCUGAAGUUUUUGUAUUAUUUUGGAGUAAAGGGACUUUCAGGGGUUUUGUUUGGUUCUACGGCUGUCAGCAGAGAGGAAGCUGUUUCUCAUCCUGGUUGUGGUUUUACUGCAGGCCACUGAAUGCAGAAUUAAAGAUUACCCACAAGCACUUUGGAACCUCAGAUGAAAGGGAACUGAUUACAUGUGCUUCACAAGCAAUUUACCAGAAUAGGGAUAUUUGAGCUUCCAUACAGUAAAAUUUGUACUGAUGUCAGAUUUUUCUGGACAGUUGCAGAUGUUUCAGCUUCCAGCAGCUGCACAGGUGAUAAUUAUGUUUAAGCUCCCUGUUUUAGGGCCAUGGGCUUUGUCUGAAAAAGACUGUACCUAGCUCAGCUCUGCACUCAGAGCAGAAUCAGAAAUAAUUAAGCUCUGUGAGCGCAGCGGUUACACAGUUUAUUUUCUGAUUUACAGACAUAUAUUGGUGGCCCUUGGCUCUGGACAAUCUUGUAUAGUUUUCUAAAUGAAAGAUCUAGCCCUGACCCUUUACCAUGUCAGUAAUGUUUGAAGCAGCCAAGCUUCAGUGUUGGAGCAGAAAAGAAACAGAUUUGAUUGAAAACUGUAAAAUUCUGUUUUCAUAAAUCAUGUUUUUUUUCCUUCAUCAAAUGUGUACAUUUAACUGGAAAUAAUUUUACACGAUCAUUAAAAUGAAGUAAUUUAUUUUAAUACUUUCCAAUUAAUCACCUAAUAUUGUUAGAGAUGACUUGUGUGUUUUUUAUUAGUGGCUUCUGGUUAUCCUAUGAUGUUUGCUAGUCAGGUAUUUAUUUCCAACAACUAUUGAGCAAUAACAUGCUUACCCCUUUCCUCUGUCGAAGCCCAAUGAAAUAUGUGCAGAUGAUCUUUUGGACAUUGUAUAUGGAAAGUAUUCACAGCGCUUUAGUUUUUGAACGUUUUAUUACAUUGCAGCCUUAUUCCAAAAUUGAUUCAGUUAUUUUUCUCUUAAAGUUCUACACAGAAAACCCCAUAAUGACAGAGUGAAAGAAAAAUAAAUCCAUUCAUCCAUCUAUUGGAUGUGCCCGCUUGUCCUUGCAAGGUUUCAUGGGAGGGCGGAGGGGGUUGGGGUCUGGUGCCUGUCUUCAGUGGUUAUUGGGUGAAAGGACUAGUAAAAUUGCCUUUAGGUGUGAUCGGUGUGUAAGGGAAAAAAAGUGUUUAAUUUUGUUUUGUCAGAUUGAUUAAAAAUAAAAAACUAAAACAAUUACAUAUACAAGUAUUUACAGCCUUUGGUGUGAAACCUAAACCCAAGGUCAGUCGCAUCCUGUUCACAUCAGAGCAAUGACCCAGAAAUGUCAUUGCUCUGAUGUUUCUGCAGCUUGAUUGGACUCCAUGUGUGCUAACGUCAGUUGAUUGAAUGGGAUUUCGAAUGGAACACACUAGGCUCCAUGUCUCAUCGUUGAUUAUUCAUAUUGGUGCAUAAACCAAGCAAUACAGUCAAAGGAACUGUCUGUAGACCUCUGAGACCAGAUUGUAUCAAAGCACACAUUUAAUGAAGGAUACAAAAACUCAGCUGCUUUUGAACAUCCCAAAAAGGUCUGUGGUCUUGAUUAUUUGGAAGUGGAAGUUUGCAACCGCCAGUAACCUUCCCUAGAUCUGACUGCCCGACCUCACUGAGUACUUGGGGGAGAAGGGCCUUGGUAAGGAAAUUAACCAAGAACACCCAGUAGUCACCAAGGCAGGGCGUCAGUAUUCCCAUGUUGAAAAAAACAUCCAGAAGGUCAGACGUUGCUAAUGUAUUCUACUAGACAAGCCUGAUAGAGUGGCCAUAUUGACCUGGUUGCAUUUUGCAGAAAUGCGCCUUAGACAUCAUCAGACCAAUUGAAACAAAAUGAUCUGGUCUGAUGAGCACAGUUCCAACAGUGUUUUUCUCCUGGAACUGGGUGUUUAGUCCGCAUAGAGACAGCAGCCAGAUAUAAAGAAAUUCAGAGUUCUCCGGACCUCAGAAUAAGGCAAAUAUUGAUCUUCCAACACGAGUGACCUGAAGCUCACAUUCAAAAUGACAAAGGAAGGACUUCAGUCUCUAAUGGCCGUUUUUCAUUCUUGCCUCCGUUCCGCUCGAUCUCACUCCACACGAAAGCUGUUGUUUCCAAUGAUUCACUGACAGCUUGAGUUAUGGCAGGAAGCCCCGCCUCCAACCAUCAGCGCUGUACUAUUAUUUAACCCUUACUGUCUUAUGGUUCGGUGUGAACCUAUCACACUUGAGACAAGUUUGAAGUACAAACGAAAUCCGUGGCUUGUCAUUCUGUCCUCUACCUCAGUGAACACUUUCUCAUGCCACUGACAUACGGCUCAACACGCUCACAGCCAAUCAGUGAACAGCACUCUCAUUUCAACCCGGAGCAAAUACCGAAAAACCCAGUACUGGGCCAGAAAAGCUAGUAAUGGAAACGGUGACAAAAUGGGCUGAGUGGAGUGGAGCCGGCCAGAGUAGAGCCCAUGAAAAAGAGCAGAAAUGUAUUUAAUUGUCUCAGCCAGAGCUUGGAUUUAAGUCCAUUUGGAAAGAUCUAAAAAUAAAUAGCUGCCUAAUAAUGCUAACCAAUGGGAUAAUGUACCUCAAAGCAGCUGUGCCACGCUUGUUGAAACAAGCUGACUUGAGGCUGUGAUUGAAAAGUUAAUGACACCAUCCCAUCACCUGUCCACUGUCACCACCUGGACGGCUUUCUGUAGUCAUUAACCCGCCGGGUUUACUUGUAGAACUCUUUUUACCCAUCUGAAUAAUAAACUGAACAUGACUGCAACUAGGAUCGAAUUGGAAUGUAAUGGACUUUGAAUUGAUUUGUAUAAUUGGAUUGGAUGUACUAUAUAUUUCUCUGUAUAAAUUGCAUCAUUUUUUUUUUUGUUUUGUAAAGUGCCUUGAGACAUUUGUUAUAAAUUGGCGCGAUGUAAAUAAACUGAACUGAUUGCAUUCAAAA